AAAAUUCUUGAAACCAUUAACAAAAAUUAUGCCACUGACAAGACUCCCGCUGUCAAGGAGUCUUGUCAAAGUGGGGAAAAUAAAUUCUCCAAAGAUGAAGACUUUUCCAGGCAGCUAAGAAAUGUAGACAACUCAUGUGAACAGAAUUAUGAGAUUGAUGAUUUGGAUUUUACUGAUUUUUCAGUGCUUAAAAAAAAUCUUAAACAAGAUGGCGGGUCUACAAGAACGUUACAGAAGAAAUCGAAAACAGCAAGUGGGGGUGGAAAGAAAAAGGGGAAAGAGUGCCUAGAGAAAUUAAAAGCUCUGAUUCAUUCUGAGUUAUUUCACCUUUCCAUUAGUGUUGCCGUAGUGAUUGCAAUGUUGAGGAUCCUGCGAAGGUGGAACCAGACAGGCAACAAGUGGCUAGAUACACCAGACAUUGGUGACUGGCUCAUUUUGUAAGUAGUCAACUUGUCAUUUGUUUCCAGGACAGAAAUAUUAACAGUUAGUAAUUUAACUGAUGACCUACCAGAUUAAAAAAUCAGGCUGUGGCCGGAUUAAAUUUAGGUCACAUUUUCUCAUUGAAGGUGUAUGUACACAUUCAGCUGCAGUUUUCUUAAUUAUAAACAUAUUCUAAUGAUUAAGAAACCCUUUUGUGGGUAAAUGAAUUGUCUAUAAGAUAAACUUAGAACAUUUGUAAAUUUAAGUUCUGGUAGGAAAGUAUUCAUUUUUGAUAAAAAAUAUCUAAAUGUGCCGGCUUACCUACAAGUUUUAAAUUUCCAAAACACUUAAAACUUAAAGUCUUUUAUUUGAUGGUUACCAAAUAGUAUAUCCAAUAAUAAGAAAAAUUCUCUAAAGCACACAGAAAUUGAAUAACAUUUACACUUCCAAUUACUUAUUGGCAUUUAGUAACCCUGCCACUUGUUGCCACAGUAAACAAGUUGUACAAUUUUGUAACUAGCUCAGAAAUUAAAUCAAAAUUAAUUAACUGCUCGUUUUUUAAAACCUUCUGCUAACAGCAUGUGGUUAGAAAAUAAACAUUCUGUCUGUAAAUUAAAAUCUUGAACCAAAACAGGAACGGAAUAAUAUAAAUAUUUGACAGCAUUUACUACAAUACAAACGUUGGCGCUACCAGUGGCUUGUGGCCAUAACGAAAGAAACACAGAGCCACUACCACCAGCUCAUGUUAGUUAACCAGUUAAGUCAUUUAAUAAUGAUACAGGUACUUAAAACCUGGUUAUUAACACAUUACUUGAAGCUUCAAUUAUUUUCUUUCAAUCCAAAUAUUUUAUCACCCUAUUCAUUGCAUGGGGGUGAGACGUCCAUGCAAUGAAUUUUUUAACAUUAAACAGUUACUGAAAUAUUUUAAAGUUGUACUGGCCAUUAUUAUAAAACUGGUUUCUUAAUGGAUCUUUGUGUAAAAUUUUUAAAAUUGAUUUAAAGUUUCUCUUCAACUUUAUUUCCAGAACUGAAAACAAAAACUACCUUUCCUUGUCUGUGAUCUUCUCUUUGAUGAUAAUUGGAGCCACCAGGGCACGGCAGGUAAAGCGGGUGCAGAGCAUGUUUAUCAACUUGGCCCUCACCACAAUCUACUUUUACCGUGUUGCAGGUGGCAGUCUUUUCUUUCCAGCUUCAUGGUUUCUGUCACAAAGGUAACUUACUAUUUGCACUUAUCAGUGUCUCUUGGUGAUCAAUUAAAAAUAUUAAUUAACUUUUUUUUAAUUACAAAAAUAGAACUGAAAGUGCUUUUAUCUUCUAGAAAUUGCUACAGUUUACACUUGUGACAUCCUAUGUUAAGCAGAUUGGAUUUGGCACUGUUGUUCAGUGUUAACACAUCUGCAUCAUAACCACUAUAUCGAUAAUGUUAAAGUUUGUGAAGAACUAUUUCAAUGAUUAUGUAAUUGUUGCUGAACUUAAAUUAAAAACAAAACAUUAAUUAAGAUCAUGAAACUGUUAUUAGAAAGUGUUUUUUAUUUUUUAGACAAUUUGUUUUUCUACAACUCUGAAUCAGGCUUUCUAACAUUGGUUUUUUUUUGUUUUUUUGUUUUUUUUUUGUCUUCAAGUUAAGUUGCUUUUCCAAGAAUCCCCACUUUCCAUUACAGGGGCAUAAUGGAAGCAAGAGCAUCAUUUAUUUUGAUUGGAGUUAUCCUCCUUAUGACUUUUCUUCCAAGUAAUUUUUUUCAACUUGAAAGCACUCCCAAAAUGGAGGUUCUCAAACCAACUGAAUCAAAAUUUCAAUCCAAGAAAAUAUUGCAUGUAAAUAAAGCUGACAAAACCAGUGACCUCAGUCACACCAUGGAAUCUCCCUCUGACUCCCAGAAUCUUUUAUGUAAUCAAGAAACAACUGUAAGAACAUGCAGCCCAGCUGGGCCCGGCACAGACAAGGUUGCAGAUGACACUAGAGAUAUGAACAUACACCAAAGGUUAAAUGGCCUGAGUUCUGCUUUCCUCUGUUUCAUGUGUCUAGUCCUACGUCCUCACAACAUACCAGUGGUUGCCAUGCUCUCCUUGAUGGAUCAGAUGAUGACACCUGUGCUCCUGGCAACUGGCAUGAAACCAUCUUACAUCCUGUUGUAUUGUCACUGGAUGGGACAAGCUUUUUUCUUUUUUCAGGUUUGUCAACCCUUAUUUGAACAGUUGUGUGUAUCUGCAGAACAUAAUUUUUGUGUGUAUUUGCCUGAGAAAGGAUUGGAGACUGGUUGGUCAUGGUUGUCGUUAAUUUUUUUGUCUAGGUUUUGAUUAGCUGGUCCAAAGAGUCCAUCAUAAAAAUCAAUGUAUUUAUUGCUGUGUUGCAAUCUUUAACUUUAAUGUAGGGCAGGAGAACUUUAAAAUAGUUUAUUAGAAUCAGUAAAUAAAAAAAAAUAAAUAAAUAAAAUAAAUAAAAAAAAGGAAAGUUCUUCGAUACCUUUAUCUUUGACAAGUAAACAAGGCUUUUAACAUAAAUUAAUUACGAGGAAACUUUGCCAUAAAGGCAAUAAAGAAAUAUGAAGAGAUUUUUGGGGAAUCGCCAAAUUCGUUCGACAAUUAAAGACCACUGAAAUAUCAACAGGGUAAUUCAAACAGUCUCAGCACAGUGGAUCUGACAGCAGGUUACACUGGCCUAAGUGAAUAUAUUCCUUCAGUGACCGGACCUCUUCUCUGUUUGGCCACUUACAGUGGAACCAUAUUCUGGAUGUUGACAUUUCUCAAAGUGAUGAGUUUGAUGUAUGAGAGCAAGGAAAAAGACAGGUCAAGGUUUGUCAGCUUUUAG